AUGCGGCGCAACGGUGGCCCUGGCCGUCGGGCAGCUAUGGUGGCGAGACUUCGUCUCGGUAGGUUCAACCAUGCCACAAAGGAGACUCGCUGGAAAGGCUCCAAGUCAAGGGAAUUAGGCGAUGGCUACAAGCUCAUCUACCAGGGCACAUCAAAUCAUGGUGUUGGUAUCAUAUUGAACGAGUCGUUUAGAAACAGCGUCACAGUGGUGGAUCGACUAUCGGAUCGCCUGAUGGCUGUAAAAUUAAGAAGAGAAGGCGUGCUUUUGGGAAGAUCUGGAGCAGUACGUCCAAUCCCUGGAAGGCGUAGACAUACUUCUCGGAAAGACGGGUUCGAGAGUUGUCAUGGUGGAUACGGUUUUGGAGCUCGUAACGACGACGGGUCGCGAAUCCUGGAAUAUGUUGUUACAAGUGACUUGAUCAUUGCUAACACGCAGUAUCGGAAAAGAGAAUCGCAUUUGAUCACGUACACCAGCGGCGGUCGUGAAACACAAAUAGAUUUCUGGAUGUUACGCCGACGAGAUCGCCGACUUCUGCAGGAUUCAAAAGUCAUCCCUACAGACCAUGUCGCUGCCCAACACCAUCUGCUCGUUAUGGACUUGAAAAUCUCCCGUCCAAGGAAGAGACAUCCAAGGACUGAAACACAGCGCAUCAAAUGGUGGAAUCUGAAGGAUCGAAAGGAGGUAUUUUCGCGUCCGUGGCUCCAUCUACAUUUCCUCACCCUACUCGUAGUGUGGAGGAAAUGUGGUCGUCUACUUCCAGCGUUAUACGCUCGACCGCGGAGAACACUCUGGGAAAGACGACUCUAG